AGCAGUGCUGCAUCUCAGGGUUGGGCCAGCUGGUCCCGGGCUACGUUCCAUGCAGCUGGUACCAACUGGCCCAACCCCAGAGCUGGCUGCAUUUUAGCCUCUUUGGUAAGCGCAGCAAUCCGAAUAGAACAGCGCCGCACGGGGGCAUCGGGGCCGGCCCUGACUGCGCGGGGAGAGCGCCCCCUGCUGAGCCCCUGCUCUACAUACACCUUAGCUCCUGAGUCACCAGCCUUGCGUCGUGAGGUCAAGUCAGAGGCACGUAAGCGGGGAUAAUUGGGCUUGUUCACAGAGGAGUCAGGGCCCAGGGGAGAUGAGCUCAUGCUGGAGGCUUCCCCAGGCAUGAGCCAUCAGUAACAGUGCGAAAACCACUAGAUCCCACCCCUUCCAGAGCCGGGGGGAGAACCCAGGAGUCCAGGUCCCCAGCCCCCCGUGUUCUAACCCACUAGACCCCUCUCCCCUCCCAGAGCUGAGGAGAGAACCCAGGAGUCCGGGCUCCCAGCCCCCCCACACGAGGAACCGGUUUGGCCAGUGCUGUCCACACCCCGCCUGCUGUGGAAUGCCAGGUGCCGGGGGGCAAGUACGGGUCUGGGCAGGGCUUGGGCAGCCGGAGAGGGUCACAGACACCCGCAGAGAGCGCUGGGGAGAGCGAGAAGGAGACACCGGAGUGGGGGAGCGAGACAGAACCGCGGACAGAGGAAUACAGGGAUCGCCCCAGCCCCAUGGCGAGCGACCUGCCGCCCGAGCUCCACUGCCCCAUCUGCCUCGAGCUCUUUGUGGGGCCCGUCAUGCUGGAGUGCGGGCACAACUACUGCCAGGGCUGCCUCACCCACUACUGGGGGGAGCCCCCGGCCCAGCCAGGGGAUGCCGCCCCCUGCCGCUGCCCGGAGUGCCGGCGCCCCGUGCCCGGGGGCAAGUACGUGCCCAACCGCGCCCUGGGCCAGCUGGCAGACAGGGCCCGGGAGAGCGCCCCCACCCAGGAGGGGCCGGCGACGGGCGAGGAGCUGCGGGGGGAGCCGCUGUUCUGCAUGGACCACGGCAGCCUCACGAGGGCGCUGGACACCGAGCAUUGGGGGCAUCGUUGUCUCCCAUUGGACGAAACCGUGCGGCAUUAUAAGGAGAUUUUAACCAUGUCACAGACCUCGGUGGAGGCCAGGAUCCAAGGAGCGAAGUCUCUGCAGGAGCAGAGAGCUCAGAAAGCUCCUGAAAUUGCAGCCCAGCGUCUCCGCCUGGAGCAGCACCUGUCUUCCCAGUUCAUCGAACUGCACCAGUGGCUGCAGCAGAAGGAGGCGACGCUGAGGCGGGAGCUGAGGCGGGAAGAGGAGCUUUUGCUGAGCGAGCUGGAGACCAGCCAGCGAAAUGCCCAGGAGCUCGUGCGCAGCUCGGGGGGGCAGAUCGCUGCCAUCCAGGCGCGGCUGGCGGAAGAGGACGUGGGCACCUUCCUGAAGGACAUCAAAAGCUUCCUGGAAAAGUAUUGCCCCGGGGAGGAAAAAGGGGUUCAGCUGCCUGCACCCCGAGAUUUCAGCCUGGGCCAGUUCAAGGGGCCCAUCCAGUACAUGGUGUGGAGGGAAAUGAAAUCAGCCCUGAGCCUCUCUCUGCCCUCCAUCACCUUGGACCCGGCCACCAACCACCCCAACCUGCUGCUGUCGCCCGACCUACUCGCCGUCCGACUGGUGGACGAGCCCCAGGAAGAGGCACUCGAGGGGCCCGAGCGCUUCAGCAAGAGCGUGUGCGUGCUGGGCUCAGCCAGCUUCACCUCGGGCCGCCACUACUGGGAGGUGGAGGUGGGGGACAAAACCAGCUGGGAAAUCGGCCUGGCUCGGGCCUCGGUCAACCGGCAGGAGGCCAAGGUGAUGCUCAAGCCGGCCAAUGGCUACUGGGCCAUCUGGCUCCGCAACGGGGCCGACUACAAGGCCCUGGACUCCCCCUCCCGGCACCUGGCACUCACGGCCAAGCCCCGGCGUGUGGGGGUGUAUCUGGACUAUGAGGGGGGGCAGGUGUCGUUCUACGAUGCGGUCGCCAUGACCCACCUCUACACCUUCUCCGAUGCCUUUGCCGAGCCCCUCUACCCCAUGGUCGGCCCCGGGGUCAACAAAGAUGGGCUCAAUGCAGAGCCCCUCAGGCUGGUGGAGCUAUAGCCGGGGCCGAGACCUGGCACUGGGUACCAGUG